GUCUGCUUUGCUUAUGACACAGAUGGACUCUUGCUAAUACCAACCUGCUCGGAUGCGACUAGGGCAUGGAUGCUAUGCUUGAAUUGCCACGUUGCCUCUUUCCAACCCCCGCGGCAUAAACAAUAUAUCUCUUGCUGAGAAAAAGGAACCAUGAUAGUACAAUGGCCGAUUGGGAUCUCAGUGAUCUGGCUCAGGAGCUGUCCGAUCUUGAAGUCGCUCUCCUUCUCUGCUUAGUCGCUCGUGGGCAUCCGCUCCUUGAAACUACUGACGAUGGCAUCGAUGACGUUGCUAAAGAGCUUUCUCUGAUCUGCUCGAAUAAGUUUGAUUUCUCAUGUGCGGUUCUCGACUGUUCGUCUGUGACGUCUAUGGAAGAUUUCUGCAAUGAGAUCGCUGCGAGUGACAGCCGUAAAGGCCAGGUUCAACCGCCAAGGUCUAGGGCGGAAUCUUCUAACAAUUUUUCGAUGCUCCAGGGCUCUCAAGAGUCCAGGAAUCGCUCCAGGUCGCUAAUCCGGACUGAGCUCGAGGUUGUCAACGUUGUUGUCGCGAAGAAUUUUAAUCAUGUUGAUGAAUAUAUCCAGCUUCAAGCACUAGAGUUGAUACACUCGAAGAAGCUUACGACCGCAAAGGCAGACCUUAAUGCCUCUGAACAUUUUCUGUUCGUGCCAUUGGUAGCACGGAAUACCGAUAUCCUACAGCCGGGCUUGAACACGCAUUUGAAUGACCAUCUGUUCAUCUCACACUUUCACGAUCCCAAAGACGGAUACACGUAUCUAGAAGACGGAAAUGACUGGCUUUCUGAUGGCCAAUCUAUAUCAUCCGUUGUCCACAAGCCGGCAUCGAAACCGCAUGCCAAGGUUCCUCAACUACUCCUGUAUAAGUUCCAGCGAGAAGGUGACGCCGUCACCGUGAGCGCAGAAGUGCUCCGCUACCAGCAAGACAUUAUCAUAUUCCUCCGCCUCAGUCGGGCCGUUGCGGGUGGGAUAACCACCAAGUCAAACAACUACUUUCUGCGGUUCUCAAAACUCCUAGCAGCCUUACACGGACUCGACUACCUCACUCCAUCGAUCGCCGCAUUAGCCGCGAAGAAAGUCUUCCGCCAUCGGAUCAUAAUCGCAAAACCCGAAGACGACCGCAGUCUGCAGUAUGGUAGUGAUCUUGAGACUGUUUCACGGGUUCUGGCGAAUGUUGGCCCGGAGGAAAUUCUAGAGAGCGUGCUUGCGUUGGAGGCGCCUCUGUGAGCAUCGUGGGUACUCAUUGCAUUGUGUCAAUGCUCGACUCACUCUGUACCCUUCACAUUUCAUUCAUAGAAAACUUUUAUAUUUAAAUAUAGCGCCAGUUCUCUAAUAUGCGGGUCUUCCCGCGUGGGCCCGUAUCGAUUUCUAUACAUUCCGUUUAAGAA